AUGUCUAAAACCAUCGCUUUUUUGGGUGCCAGCACCGGUGUUGGCCAGGCUGCCCUUGCGCACACCCUCGCCGCCGGCCAUCAAUGCAUCGCACUUUGUCGCGAUCCCUCCAAACUCCAGAAAGCCUUCGCGUCAUAUCCAACCCCGAAUCUUAAAAUCGUGGAAGGUAAUGCACACGAUGUUGCUGCAGUCGCACAAUGCCUUCAAGUCGAAGAUCGCCUCGUCGACAUGAUCGUGACUACGAUCGGGGCCAAGCCCAUUCCCCUCAAGAUGACCGUUGAUGACCCAGAUGUGUGCAAGAAGGGUGCAACGACUCUACUAGAGGCACUCUCUCAACUACGAAACAUUGGAGUCACCGGCAGCCCACAUAUCAUUGCCUGCAGUACCGCUGGCUUCUCACGCUUUGGCCGCGAUAUCCCUCUCGCGAUGAUCCCUGUCUAUGCAUUGUUUGUUCGAACCCCGGGAGCGGAUAAGGUAGUGAUGGAAGAUCGCCUUGUCGCGAGCGGCGAGAAGUUCACGAUCGUUCGUCCUAGUCAUCUCACCGACGGCGCGUCGGACAAGACUAUCCGGGUAGGCAUUGAGGAUCCUACAAACGGGCCUGUGUCGGAUGUGGUGGGUUACAGUAUCUCUCGGGAAGAUGCAGGCAAGUGGCUGGCAGAUAAUCUCGUGUUGCAUACAGACUCGCGGUAUUUGAACAAGAACGUGCUCAUCACAUAUUGA